AUGGCUAACGACACCUCAUCCACCGGAGUCUUCCUUGGAAGCUGCCCAUCUAACCCACACAUGUCCUCUACCGCUACCACGACUGCCCAUGACGAAUCCCGACUACGAGACCAACGCCUAAGCACAGUGACACAGCAAUCGGGUACAGACCAUUUCACGGACAGGCUUGUAAGCCUGCCAGCUACGUACGAUCACGAAGCCACUAUGAGAUCAAGACUUGAUACUUUCUCAAGCCAGUUCGCCAGUGCCAGCACUGCUACCGGACGGGCCAAUGGCAAUUAA